AUGGCAGAGGAUUAUCAGGCUACCUAUAGAAGUCAGGUAAGCUUACAAAUAGUAUAAAAAAAAAAUUGUACAUCAAACCAACACAAACAGAAAGUUGGUUUGGUGAAAAUAAUUUGAGGUUUUAUCUUACACAUAGCUUAUAUGCAACACAUGCAGUUUUACUGUCGAAAAGCGAUGAGACUCUUGUCAAAAAUGAUAUUUCCCUGUAAAUGUUUCUGCUUGAGUACUUGUGAAAAGGGGAAACCUUAAGGUAAGCAACUUUUCAGCAACAUUUACUCCCCCCUGAAAAAGAAACAAUUUUGCAUUAACAUCAACAAUUUGCCCUUCAACAUCAUCGUCAUCAUCAUCAUCACUAUCUAAGACAGUGUGAUCAUUCCAGUACACAACUCAUUCACAAAUUGUCAGGUAGUAUCUAGUUAAGCAUGGAAAGACACAACACUUGGAAGGCAAAAUUGUCUAAAUCUUCCCAAAUGACAGAAAGUUAAAAUUAAAAAUUGGCACAAGCAACCUCUUGUCAGGGGAUGUGACAUCACUAUUCCAAGUUAAGUCUGGGACAAAUUGUACUUAUAUUCGUACCAAUGCCAUUUUCCAUAAAGUCUCCAUUUAAAUCUCUUGAGUAGAACCAACUUCUUAGUCACAUGUUCAUAGGUAUAAAGACUUAAGCUUAGCUAUAUGCGCAUCUUUUAUUAUCUUUUUUUUUUCAAAAUUUACAGGGAAAUGUUUUAGUUGAAAGACCGCCAAUACCAGUCAGUAAUCUUAUGUCUCAGGCUAGCAGUGGGAAUUCCAUCAAGAGCCACACCAUGCAUCCUUCCUCUUUCAAAGAUUCAUCAAUGAUUGGGAACAGCAGCCAUAAUCAUCACCACCAUCGCCACAAAAGGCACCACUCCAAUGGCAGGGUUAAGAAAGAUUAUGGAAAUACUGCUGAUCGCUUCAGUCGGACGGCCACUGUACUGCGACACUCAGGUCUACUGAAACUCACACUUCAGAUUGCUCAGCUUAUUAAAACAAAUGAAGAUCUUCAAAAAGAAAUAGAUGAUCUUCAAAGAGAAGCCAUGGAGUUCAGUCAAAAUUUGAAAAUCCAAAUACAGCAAAAACUGUCAGAGCAAAAUGGUUCUAGUAGCUUUCAGUAUGGAGGAAAUGGGUAG